UCAUGACGUAGGCAUGCGUGCGCGCACUGCAAGUCGAUGGUUGGCGCCUUCAAGGAGGCGGCGACGGCGCUCAAGCCUUCGGGCGUCCGCGUCGGCGCGCUCAACCUGCAGGCGAGACACCUUUCUACCCCAAAACACCUUUCUUCCAUACAGACACCGUCCAAAGGCGAGUGACGUGCCCUAUCACAGGCGAUCGCCGGCGGCGCCCUCAUCGCGGAGGCGCUGCAGGUGCAGGCGCUGCCGACUGUGCGGUUUGUUGUCGGUGGAAACCACCUCGAGUGCGCGCACAAGCACCAGCCCGCCCCGCGGCAGAGAGCACGGCCGGGGCCCGGCGCCACCACCGCGAGAAUGCCGCGACACGAAUGGGCGGCGGCACCGGCGGCGGCACCGGCACCGGCGGAGGGUUCGGAGGGCGAGAGGGAGGCGGCGGCGGCAGAGGCGGCCGCCGAGGGGGCUCCGGCAGCCAAGGGGGGGGAGGCGGCGGCGUGUGCGGAGGGGGAGGCGGCGGCGGCAAAGCCGGCGGAGGCCGCCUCUGCCGAUGCGGAGGGCGCCGCGGCGCCGGUCGAGCCGCCCGCCGACAAGGCGGCAGGGGCGGCGCCCGCCUCGAAGCUGGCGCAGUCAAGGGUGGCUCCUGCGGCCGCCGCGGCGUGAGUGGGCGGUUCGCCCGGUCGGCCGCGCGCCUCUCCCGCCUUGGUUAGAUAGGCCAGCCUGCAGCCUGCCGACCGAGCAAGAUCCCUUGUGGCUUGACGCGUGUGCCCCCGACACCGACGCACACCAUUUUCCAUUUUCCCGCGCGUCAGCUCGGACAGCGCACAGCGGCGAGGACACAUCGACACACGUAUAUCGCGAGGGUAGCGCACGGGUCCGCGUCCGCAGACGGUACGUACCGGCGG